AAAACAACAACCUCAGAUGAUACAUGUGCCCCGAAGGAUGCUACCAUCCAUAAAAAGAGAAAAGCAACAACCUCAGAUAUUACAGGUGGCCCGAAAAGGGAUCCCAUGACCAAGAUUGAUGGAGUGAAUGUUUUUCCUUACUUUCGCUUCAUCCCAGAAAGUGUCAGAGAUCGAUGUCUUGGUUGGUGGGACCCUGCUCCUGAUGGACAUUGCGGAUUUCGAGCUCUUUCACAUGCACUUCAUGGAGAUGAGGAUCACCACUUGUGGGUGAGAAAGGCUAUUAUAGAUGAAGUCAUGUCGAUCCAACAAUGUGAGUACGCAUAUGAAGAUGUGGGUCUUGCUCUUACACGAUUACAGUGGAACAAGCCAGAGGGUACUACAAAGGAUCAUUGGAUGACUGAGUCGGAUCUCGCCGUAGUUGCAACAUUAUUUAACUGGGCCAUAAUCCUCUACAGUCAAAUAGACGAAACCAAGACGUGUUCCAUUUGGACAAACCUUUUUACCUAUGAUAGCCAAGCCAGGGGUAGCUCGCCCUAGCAAUGUGUUGGUGUUGUGUAACACCGGCAACCAUUGGGUGCGCCUUGACUUUGAGGAGGAUUCAAUACCAAUGCCUCCAUUCACCUUCCUGUGGACCCAUUUCCGUGACAAAAUGAGUACUCAAGGGUGGGAGCAGUUGUUCAAGGACGAGCGAGAUCUUUACUUCGCACUUGGGGGUCAUCAUGACUAGUAGGAGAUAUUUGUAGUAGUAUUGGUAUAUAACGACAAUAGUUGUAAAUAAGGAGUAUUUUGUAACUCAU